GACCGGGACCCUGCGUGCAGGAACGAACACGUUCAGUCAGUGCAUUCAGUAGACGUCAACCCUACAGUCGGACAAGUUCAGUGACAGGUGAAUUAUUUCACACACAGUCACUAAAGUGUCAGCGGUAGCUGAAAGCAAUCGAUCGAAUGAGCGUACCGAUUACUAGGACGAUUAACUUUAGAUUCUACAAUCACCCGUUUAUUAUCGGACGCCCAAGCAGUCAUAAUAGAAGAAAAAUAAGAAGAAGAAGACCCGUUUAAUAGUGACAUAUCAAUAUCGUUGAAAUGGCCCCAAACAAGUUUGAAACGUGCAAAAAUGACAAUGAUUGUCUUGACAAACAAUAUUGUUAUGAUAUCUCCGGACGAUGCGUGAACAUUUUGGAUUGUAGCAAAUACAAUCGCAUGAAAGGAGAGAUCCCUGCACGGGAGCCAUCGCAAUGUGGUCCAUGCAUGAAAGAAUACUCAACAGAGAUUCUCGCUACUGACAAAGAGAACCUAUUAUGCUACUAUACGAAAGAUCAAGUUGAACUUAAUACUACGGGUAUUAUAUGGAUAAUUGUAGGGAUAAUUCUGGCAGUGAUUAGUAUCAUCUACCUUUUGUAUGCUUAUCGCAACUGUAUUCGAAGGAUUUUUACACGCAACUCUAAUUCAAAUAAUUCAUCAGAUAUACCGGAAGUAACAUCAAAUAAUUUUAAUGGUAUGGUAGUCGCCAGUGCACCAGAAGAAGAGCAAGAACCGUUCAUUGGAUUUGGUAAAAAAAGAUGUGAUUACGUACCACAAAACAAUAAUGAAGGCAUAAAAGAAACUAACCAAUAUCAAAAAAGUUUUCCGUUCCUAAUUGAGCCUCAGAAUAGACCAAUCAAUGAGGUUAUCAAUAAUUACAACAUUAAUCAACCGAUUUGUAGAGACGUGGCUAUUCCUAUCCCGGCUAUUGAGGAAAAUCACAGGAAUACAGAAAGAGAAGAAGCUGAUUUAUCUAUUAGUGAACUUUAUACUUCUAAUAGCAAUGAAAAUGGUGACACUACAGAUUCUGCCUGUAAGCCAAACAAUCAAGACGAGCAAAAAUCAAAAAGUCAUAAUAUAAUCAUCAAUCAAAUGGUCCAACAAAAUAUCACACUACACCUGAAUGGAGAUGAAUAAUCACAAUCAUAUUAAUGUUGACAUCUCAAUAUAAUCCGUUAAUAGUAUAUUUAGACACAUCAACAUAUAGAUACAAACUACCUUUACAUCGUAAUAAUUUGUGAUCACAUCUCUGAUUAUCUUAAUCGACUAAUUAAAUUUAUAAAAUAAAUCAAAAUUGCAAAACAUAGUUUAUUAUAAAUAUUAUUAUAAAUGUAAAGUUGAUUAGUUUUAAAUUCUUGCAAUUUUGGCAAUUCUUAAUCUUUAAUUGGAUGCUUAAGUUAAGCGGAGAUUGUGAAGCUAGUUAUUCCAUUUUGACUAGGUAGCUUUGUAUGUGAAUUUUGAACUAAUGUUUCUAUUUUCCCUUUAUUAUCUAUAUCAGAUAGUAAUAAUAAAUUUAUUUUCGACCUGCUGUCA